AUGGCAGCCUCAACUAAGCGGAGCCUGCCUGCGCGGCACAACCCGCUGCUGCUCGAGGACAUUCCGGACUAUCUCGAUCUCGUUGCGCGACGCCGCCUUGGUCAGACCAAGCUCACUCCUAAAAUGGUUUGCGGCGAUGAGGCCGACCCUGCGUCGCUAGGCGUCUUUGACUAUGCGCAUCUCAGAGCCCCCCUCCCCAAGGGUAUCGUGUCGGGCAUCUUCAAAUCGAGUCCCACGAGCUACUUCUUGAUGCGCCGAAGCUUUGAUGGCUACGUGUCUGCAACUGGCAUGUUCAAGGCCACGUUCCCCUAUGCGGAGGCUUCGGAGGAAGAGGCUGAGCGCAAGUACAUCAAGUCUCUUCCGACCACCAGCCCAGAGGAGACGGCUGGUAACAUCUGGAUCCCCCCAGAGCAGGCGUUGGCCUUGGCCGACGACUACAAGAUUGGGAUUUGGAUCCGCGCCUUGCUCGACCCGGCCAAAGUCCCCGUCUCGUCGAGCUCAACCCCCGGGUCACCGCCCAAGACUAUUGCGGCGCCUCCCAAGUUCGACUUGGUCAAGGCUCUCAACAAACUAGCCCCCCCGCCUGUGUCGAGCCUGUCCAGGUCCUCGCGCAGUCGUCGAUCAGUCAGUCCUACAAAGCUUUCAAGACGCGCACCUGCGUCCCCCCGGAAACGCAGCGCCAGGCUCAAAGCAGGCUCAAUCGAACCGCCAGCACACAAACCAGAUGGAACAAACGGCGACGACACCGACAAGGCCAGGCAGGACGAUGUCGUGAUGAAGACUAGCGAGUUUGACCCAGACGUGGUGCUGGAGCACAGAGCGGAAGACGCCACGCUGAGGAUCCGAGUGGACGAGGUCUCCAAGGACGCCGAGGGCCACGAGACAAAACACACCGUCACUGAAGUGGACGUUCCUCUGCCCAGCUCCGGCAGCCCUCCCAGCGCCGAAGAUACCGCCAAGAUGAUAGCCGCCGCCAAGGAGAUGGUGCAAAUGGGCAAGGACGAGGACGAACGAGUGGCCGCAGAGCACAAGAGAGCAGACGAAAAACGAGGCAGUCUUAACGCCUCCUCUUCGACACCAGCGAAGAAGAGCAAACGCAAGGCUGCCGACAUUUCCGUAGCCGACAAGGACGGCGACGACGGCAAGGACGAGGAGGGCGCCGAGGAGAGCGAGGAAGGGGAGCGCCGGGUGAAAAAGGUCAAGACUGAGGCGGAAGUCCGAAAGGACAGAGUCAAGAACAGGGCCCUAUUUGGCAUCGGCGCCACAGUUGCAGUUGGGGCGCUUGUGCCGUGGCUGGUCAACUUGCUGUAA